CAGCGGCCUCACGAGUGUAAAACUGCAUCUUCGUCUCCGUCAAAGUCAGAACUGGUAUUCUGAAGCUCGAUCUGAAAUGGGUCUUCUCAGCAUUAUUCGAAAAAUCAAAAGGAAGGAGAAAGAAAUACGUAUACUCAUGGUAGGGCUUGACAAUUCCGGAAAAACUACGAUUGUGUUGAGGAUUAAUGGGGAGGACACCAGCGUCGUCAGUCCCACUCUCGGCUUCAAUAUUAAGACCCUCACUUACCAGAAGUAUACACUUAACAUAUGGGAUGUGGGGGGUCAAAAAACUAUACGAUCUUAUUGGAGAAACUAUUUCGAACAAACUGAUGGUCUCGUUUGGGUAGUUGACAGUUCGGAUCUUAGACGAUUAGAUGACUGCAAAAUGGAGCUUGAUAAUCUUUUGAAGGAAGAGAGGCUAUCGGGAUCGUCCUUGCUGAUACUAGCAAAUAAGCAGGACAUAAAGGGUGCCCUUACUCCAGAAGAUAUUGCCAAGGUUUUGAACUUGCAGGCUAUGGAUAAAACUCGACACUGGAAUAUUGUUGGCUGCAGUGCGUACACGGGUGAGGGACUGCUUGAGGGAUUUGAUUGGUUGGUCCAAGACAUUGCCUCCCGGAUCUAUGUGCUUGACUAAUGCCUGUUUCAGUAAUUCUGCAUUCAGUGACUUUGAGUCAUUUUCUAGUUAACACUAGAGAAUCUUCCAAGUAUAUAUGCAGUUGACUGGAGUUUGCAGUUUGUGUUGAAGACGGGUGUGUAUGUCGUGUGUGUGUGUGUGUGUGUGUGUGUGUGUGUGUGUGUAUGUGUUUACAGAUAAUGAGUCAUUGUGUUUACUGGAUUCUUUUGGCAAUGCGACCUUCACAUCUUAAACUUCUUGCUGCCUUAGUUUUGGCCUCACCUGAUUGUGAAGUGGUUGUCUCUAUCUUAAUGUUCUCGGUAUGCUUCUGAUAUGUAAUCUGAAAAAUGCAAAAGUUUUGUAUGGUUUGCUAAUGAUUCCACAUUAAAACUGUGGGACCUAUCGACA